UGAGUGAAAAAAAAUUCAUGCUCUUGAAAAAACUCGAUUUUUCUAGAAUUUUUCAUAGGGGGGUACAGGGAGUUCAAUAUCACGUUGGAUGCAUCUCAGCCUGUAGCAACUUUUGUCAAUACAUCACUUUUAGGUUCACAUCUGUUUUGAGGUCUAAAACACUUGUUCUAGGUUGA